AUGUCAGGUCGUUGGUUUGAAAUCGGGAUUCUGAUGGUGGUCCUCCUUAAGUUGAUCACUGCCCUGCAAACGGUGGAAUCCCGCCAAAAACGUACCCUACUGAUCACGGAAGAUUCCGCCACCGGGAUCCUGGCUGCGAUAGCCGUUCCCCUGGAGAAGGAGAAACCCCACGGGGUGGACAUUUUCGCAUCAUAUAACUUCGAGGCCAAUUACGGAAUGACGACGGAGGCAACCGAUUGGACCGAUCCCUGGAAGAGGUUCAGGGUGGAUGAAACCCAGAAUGGGUUGGCCGGAAAUACUGAAGGGGGUGGCGAGGGUCGAAAAAUUAGGAACGCAAUUGGCAGCAACAGAACCGCCGGAAUGACCCGUAGGAAAAUUUACCACGUGAUUGAGGAGCAUAUGAGAGUCUCUGGUCUAGAUGGGAAAAAGUGUCUUCUGCGGGCGAUCUGUGAAACGGCAGCCUCUGAUGGUUUCCAUUGGUCUAAUGGCGUUCUCGGGGAUCUUGUGCACAUCCUACUGACACCAUCAUACUCAAUGGAUGAAAAUUUGCCAAAAGAAUUCUACAAAGCCGAAAUGCUCGGAAGCCGGAAUAAAUGUGUCAAGUAUAUCAAAAAGUGUCCUCAGAAUGUGCUCGGAUUGAUUUCGUUUGAAAUGUGA